GAGUGUUUAGCAGAACGUCUGUGAUCGGUUACACGUCCUGGCUUGCUAGGAAGCGCUUACGCACGUGGGAAAAGCUGGGCGACGCAAACGUCCAUUUUAAUCGGAAAUAAGUUUAGCUAGCCAGGGUACGCAAAACAGUGGGUAUAAACCUAUAGACCCACUUGUUAGCAAGCUUGCUAAUUUACCUAGUUAGAAUGGCAAAUAAUGUGGAUGAUUCAAGUGAUGCACAGUAUACGAUCAAAGAAGGCGACUGCGUGGUGUUGAAGAGAGGAGACGUUUUCAAAGCUGCGCAAAUACAGAAAAAUAGGAAAGUAAUUUUUGAAAAGCAGUGGUUCUUCCUCGAUAAUGCCGUCGGGGAGUUGUACGGGACCGCGUUUGAAGUCGUGUCUGGCGGAACACUACAGCCAAAAAAACCAAAACUUACAGAAAGCAUUACAGAGGUGAAGGAGGCCGGGAUUGACAACAGGAAUAUUGUGGACGACGGAAGGUCCCAGAAACUCACCCGGGAUGACAUUGAGGCCUUAAAGGGACAGGGACUCAAGGGACAGGAUAUCGUACAGCAGCUGGUGGAAAACAGCUCCAGCUUCAGGGAUAAGACGGAAUUUGCGCAAGAGAAGUACAUCAAGAAGAAGAAGAAGAAGUAUGAGAACACAGUGACCAUCCUGAAGCCCUCCACACGCAUCCUUGCACAGAUGUACCACGGCCGAGAGCCGGGGAAAAUAUGUCACCUGCGGUAUGACAGCCUGGCCCAGAUGCUGACCCUGGGGAACAUCCACGCAGGGAGCAAGGUGAUCGUGUUUGAGACGUGCGCUGGGCUGGUCCUGGGGGCAGUGAUGGAGCGGAUGGGAGGCCAGGGCUCGGUGAUUCAGAUGUACCCUGGCGGGGGGCCGGUUCGUGGGGCCACAGACAGCUUCGGGUUCCCUGAGCACUUCCUGCGCACGCUGCACCACUUCCCCCUCUGCCACACGCACGCCCUGCUCGCUGGACGCCUCUCAUUGGACGCCCCGGAGCCCGAUGCCCCGCCCCUGGGGCGGAGCCAGGAGUCCGGGGACACAGACCCCGCCCCUCAGGGAACGGAGGAGACCGAGAUGGAGAGAGAGACGGAGGAGAGGGAGAAACGCAGAGAAGAUAAAGCUCAGGAGAGGAAGAUGAAGAACGAGGAGAAGAGGAAGAGGCUGUCGGACGCAGCGGCUCUGCUCCAGCCCAGGAACGCUGAUGGGCUGGUGAUUGCCAGCCGGCUCCACCCCUGCCCCGUGCUGCUGCCGCUGCUGCAGUUCAUGGCCCCGUCCCGGCCCUUCGUGGUGUACUCCCAGUACAGAGAGCCUCUGAUAGAGUGCUACACUAAGCUCAGGGAACAAGGUGGUGCCAUCAACCUUCGGCUGUCUGAGACCUGGCUCCGUCACUACCAGGUUCUGCCGAACCGGACUCACCCGGUUCUGCUGAUGAGUGGGGGAGGGGGGUACAUCCUGUCAGGGACCACGGUGACCGUCAACCCCCCAAAACCCACCCCCCCACCGAGAGUCGAGGAGCCCUCCCCAAAAUCCAACCCCCCCAGACCCCAGACCCACCCCCCACAGAGUGUAGAGGAGCCCUCCUCCAAACGGAUCAAACUGAAUGAAGUGGAUGGAUGAUGUUGGCUUUGGGACAGUCCAUAGUUAUAUUUCAUAUAGUUCAUAUUUUUAUUCCCAUUCUCCGGAGUGAAGUUUAAUGAACCAAAUCCUUUUUUUCUGUUUGUGUGAAUGGACAAGAAUGCCACAGAGCCUGUUCAAACCUGUGUCUAACGUAAUGUUCAAAAGUCCAGUGCAAUGUUAAAAUAUUGGGUCUAUUUUUUAUUUUAAUUACUUCUCAGCAAGUGCCAAGCGGCAGAAACAUGGAUUUGUGCUCCAACAGGCUAGUACAGUGUGUCACAGAUUGGUCUGUGUGCGGAGUUUUCAAUAAAGUACAUUGUGGAAACAUG